AUGAGCGACUCUCCUCUCUGUCCCGCAUGGAUCUAUUCUGCCACCUCCAAUGUACACCGCGCCAAAGAUAAGUCCUGGUUUGGCGCUGAUUACCAGCCCAUCAAGAGCUCACUGGGACCACACAACGUGAGCUCAUCACUCCACGACGCCGUCCUCGGAAUCGGCACGGUUGAGAUUCUCGUGAAGCGCCGACCAGACGCGCGAGGAGCACAAGGCCACGGAGUGCUCCGACUCCGCAACGUUCUGCACGUACCCAGCUGCAUCUGCAACGUGAUCGGGACACCCGUCACCAAGGAAUAUGUCCUGCGAGCAGCUUCCAGCGGCAUCUGCGAAAUCUCGGACAAGAAGGGCAAGGCCGCCGGAUACUUCUAUAAGCUGGACCUGCCAGGCCAGUUGCUGCAGCUUCGCCUCAGCGGCCCCCCGGUCGGACCAAGAGUUGGCCCUUCACCGUUCCAGCCACAGCAUAAGUAUAAGAUUUGUGCGUGGUGGCAUGAGGAUCAUCGCCAGCUCACGAUGCGGCAGCUGGCCAAGCGCGCCAAGAAGCUCCCUCGGCCCGGUGUCGCUGCCUUUGACAACGAGGAGCGAGCUUGGAUGAAGAGGGAGCACGGAAGCGUGUGGAAGUUCAUGAGGGCCUUUGGACUCAAAGGUAACAGUGAAGAAGACGCCGAGAAGGCGCGGCAAAUUAUCCGGUCGAACACGGCACCGGAUAUGGCCGACACACUGGGCACGGACGCAUCGGUGGUGGAAAGCAACGCCUUGGUUGCUCAGGCGAACAAGUACCUUGGAGCCAAGGAGCUCGGUUGGAUCAUCAUAAACUACGGCGAUGUGCUCUCGUUUAUGGUGAGCUUGCGUCUCAAGUUCUCGGAUGCUAGGGACGGGCUCAAGGCCAAGAAGAUCGCCGCCAUUUUGAUGGCCCCAGAUGCUGACAAAGGCUAA